GGUGUCAAGUGUUUAAAUAAUUCCUUCCUGUUUCUGUUAAAUUUCAGAUGAACUUCCUGAAGAACCGGGCUCGGAGGAACGACAUCAAUCUGAAACUCCUGCCCAUCGGAUUCGCCAAGAGGGUGGAGAAUUCAACGGCUUACUACAAAAAGGAGCAGCUGAUUUAUUGGCACGUGAAGCUGGUGUUCCCGCAGAGCUCCACCACGUACACAGAGAGGAGGGUUGCUGAGAACAAGACGCUGGAGCAGAUCCUGAACCCGUACAUCCAUCCACAGGAGUCUGACCCAGUCACCAGACAGAGGCUGAAGGUUUAUGUCCUGGCCCCCCCCGGGCAGGUAUCUGUGUUGCUGCAGGUGGAGGGGGGGGAGAGCAGCUCCCCCAGGUACCACAGGCUGGAUGUGAGUAGAAGUCUGGCAGAGAACCUGAGACACAAGACAGUCAUUGAAUACCCCACGUUAUUGAUGGUGUUGAAGGCUCGUUCUACUGAGUACCGGCUACUCCGUGACAGUGACUCAAGUGAGGAUGGCGAGAGUGAAACAGGGUCUUCAUCGAAGAACGAGAUGGAGGAGGAGAAGGAGGUCGGGGACCUCGUGACCACCUCCCCACACUGACCCCCACACUGAUACUCAGCCUGAAUCAGACUCAGAGUAACUCAGUGGGACAGGCAGCGUCUCUGGAGAGAAGGAAUGGGUGACGUCUCGAGUGUGAAGAAGGGUCUCGAGCUGAAACGUCACCCAUUCCUUCUCUCCAGAGAUGCUCCCCGUCCCACUGAGUUACUCCGGCUUUUUGUAUCUAUCUUCGGUUUAAACCAGCACCUGCAAUUCUUUCCUGCACAGCCUGGCCAUCCUGUUCACUUCAUAUUCUGACAAGUGUUGUUAUUUUUAAAUAUCGCAAAAUAAAUUUUCCAAGUAA